GGAGGGACGCCUCAGGCGGCAAUCCCAGCCUCGAGCCUGUGCGAUUACUGUCCAGAUGGCCAGAGCCGUGCGCCUGCUCUCGGUGCUGGCUGUGCUGGCGGCCUCAGCAAGCGGGAUGCCGUGUCCCGCCUCGUGCCCACAUCAGCAGCAGGCGGCGGCUACUUCCCCGUGGCGGCUGAUGCUGCUGCCCCCACGUGGGAUCAUCGUCCUCGUGCCGUGGUACAUACACAUGUGCCUCUCGCAGCAGCUCGCUGAUGGAGCGCCUGCGUUGGCCGCACCAGUCCUGCAAGCAUCGGUGGCGUCAACGGGGAAACGUGGGUUGGGGUCUGCCACAACGGAAGAAGCCGUCGGCCUGCCGCAUUGGGAAGACCUGCUGCGCAACUUCAUCAGCGCUCCACACAUGCCGUGCGGUUUUGGCCAGCUGGGGAACGUGGGCGGCCUGUGCCGCGAACCAGACGGCGAACAACACUGACUGCUCGGACCAGCUAAGCGAGGGGGUGACGCCGGUCUGCAGCGCAUUCUACUACGCACUGUUUGAAGAUAUUUAGGUGUGCUGGCUGUUGCCUUUAUACCACGGAACAAUGACUUAAUACCAUCUCAGUGAAAUACGAGGGUUGGAACUUUAACAGUGGCAACUAUUUAUUUACAGCUCGUGCAAAAUAGGUACGUGUUUCAAGGUUUUACUGACCUUCAAAGCAGUCACCAGCAUUGCGUAUAACCCUUUG